CACUGAAACAAUAAAAGAGCCUCACUCCUUCAAGCUUCUGAGAAGCAAGAAAAGCUAAACAAGCUCAGCAGAGAGAGAGAAGAUGGCCAUUCCCAGAAGCCCAAGAUUCCAGUUCCUCUGCGCUGCCCUCCUCCAGCUUCUGAUGAUCUCCGUGCACGUCUCGUCCUACCAGUACAAGGUGGGCGACUUGGACGCCUGGGGAAUCCCCACCGAAUCCAACUCUCAAGUCUAUGCACAGUGGUCCAAGUACCACUCCCUCAGGCUCGGCGAUUCCCUCUUGUUCCUGUACCCGCCCAGCCAGGAUUCGGUGGUCCAGGUCACGCAGCAAGCCUACGACGCCUGCAACGUCACGGAUCCCAUCCUGUACAUGAACAACGGCAACUCCCUCUUCAACGUGACCUCCCCCGGCGUGUUCUACUUCACCAGCGGCACCCCGGGCCACUGCGAGAAGGAGCAGAAGCUCCAAAUCUCCGUCCUCUCCGGGAACGGCUCCGCCUCCGCCUCCGCCCCGUCCGGCGGCCCGAACGCGCUGCCCGACAUCUCGCCCUCCUACCCCACCGUGUUCGGGUCGAUCCCGGCGGGGACGUCCUCGGCGCACUCCCGGGGCGUUCCGCCGGCGCUCGCGGCGAUGGCCGUCGGGCUUCUCGCGUACGCCGCGACCGGCGGCGGCGGCGGCGGCGGCCGGUUCAUGUGAGGAGCAGAAAUUCCGGGGAACAAUAUGGUUGAGCAUUAUUCAAUCUCGCUACACUUUCGGCCAUUUUGCUUAUUCAAGAAUUUCUGCAUAUAGUAAAAUUUUAUUUCAAACCGUUGUAAUUCUUUAGAGCAGAGCUCGAGGGAAUAAAAUUUUCAAUUUUUU